AUGUCGGAGGCGCAGGAAAAGUUUCCGAGCCCUCCACAUCUUUCUGCGGAGACAGCCGAGGGCAACCCAGUCGAAGACAAUGACCACAAUGUCAAUCACGACCCAGAAAUUCCUCGGUCAGACGAGGCUAGCCUGAAGCCUCGUCUAUCGAAUAUCCAAAGAUGGCGGACAGCAAGCCAACGGGUGCGGACUGGCGCUGCGACGAUAGCCGAGAAGCUCGGACGACCCCCCGAAAGAGAGGCCGAUGGUUUGGAUUCGCCAAUGUUACCAGAGCAGUAUGGAGCAAUAGACGAUAUCCGAGGAAUUGAGGCUCGUCAGGCAAUCGAUGAAGAAGCUCGGCUUCUAGGAACAGACUAUGAUUCACAAGCUCGGCAUUUGGUGGAACGAAUGGGGCUACAGUCCGGACAACAGCCUCCACGCAUCGAAGAACCACGUUCGGGUUCGACAACCCCAGGAACUACAGAUGGGACGGCAACACCAGGCGGGCCACCCGGAGGACUCUUGUCACAAUUACUUCGUGUAUACGCCAACAACCUCCACACUGCGAGUCGGAUGAGUGUUGUCUCCACGGCUUCAGAAACGGAACAAGAUAUAGAAAGCCUCCCACCAUCCGGCACAGUGACACCGGGUGGGAAGAAAGAAAAAUUGAAAUGGUAUAACCAUGGCAAUCACCCCAACAAACCAACCCACAGCUACACUUCCUCACUUAUCAACGCAUCCAUGGAUUUGGGCCGGGUUGGGGUUCCCGGUGCCAUAGGCCCCCCUCCUGUGAAUCCCAAAGAACGAAAGAAGCAAAGGCGUAAGAGCAAGAAAAACAUCAAGCUCACCGUCCACAUUGCCGCCAUCCUCGCCCGCCAACAAUACAUCAUGCAGAUGUGCCGCGCUCUAAUGAAAUACGGCGCCCCGACCCACCGCCUCGAGGAGUACAUGAUGAUGACCUCCAAUGUACUGGAUAUCAAAGCACAGUUCAUGUACAUCCCCGGAUGCAUGAUAAUGUCCUUCGAUGACCCGCUCACUCGUACUGCGGAGGUAAAGAUCAUCCGCGUAGUCCAGGGACUGGACCUCUCUCGUCUCGCAGAGACACACAACAUCUACAAAAAGGUUGUUCACGACGUCAUCAGCGUCGAACAGGCAAUUCACGACCUAGACGAGAUUAUGCAACGCAAGCCACGCUACAACCGCUGGCUCCUCAUCUUCCUAACUGGCUGCGCCAGCGUCGCCGUUGGCCCAUACUCCUUCAGUGCCCGACCCAUUGAUCUCCCUAUAAUCUUCGUACUUGGCUGUCUAGUAGGCUUCAUGCAACAUGUCGUGGCACCAAACUCAGCCACUUAUUCAAACGUGCUAGAAGUCACCGCCGCGGUCCUCACCUCUUUCCUCGCACGCGCUUUCGGCAGCAUCCAGCACAACGGAGAGCGCGUCUUCUGCUUCUCGGCCAUGGCGCAGUCCUCCAUCGCAAUGAUCCUUCCGGGCUUCGCCGUUUUAAGCAGCAGUCUCGAGCUACAGUCGCAUCAGAUGAAUGCAGGCUCGAUCCGGCUGGUCUUUACGAUUAUCUACUCACUCUUUCUCGGGUACGGUGUUACUGUCGGUACGACAAUAUACGGACUAAUGGACCACAACGCUACGAAAGAGUCGACCUGUUCAAAUUUGCCGGAGGUCUGGGGAAACGAAUAUAUCCAGCACUUUCCCUUCGUCGCGCUGUUCUGUUGCUUCGCUGCAUUGAUCAAUCAGUCGAAAGCGAAACAGUUGCCGGUUACGAUCCUCAUGGGUGUUUGUGGCUACGUCACAAAUUACUUCAGCACGAAGAAGCUCGGCUCGAAUCAGGUUGCUAAUACUGUUGGCGCAUUCACGAUCGGCCUCCUGGCUAAUCUGUAUAGUCGGUUGUGGCAUGGUCAUGCGGCCGCUGCUAUUAUCCCGGGUAUCUUUACCCUCGUCCCGUCGGGUCUUGCAUCUAGUGGGUCAAUUAUCUCUGGCUUGCAGUACGCUGAGGCUGUUGCGUCUGGUAAUGCCUCUAGUGCGACCUCCAAUAGCUCGCUUACCUCGCUGGGGUAUGGUAUGAUCCAGACAGCUAUUGGCAUUUCUGUUGGCCUGUUUAUCUCCGCUUUGAUUGUUUAUCCACAUGGGAAAAAGCGGAGUGGAAUCUUCAGUUUGUAA